AUGGAACCGCCACCAAACUUGGAGGAACUUGAGCUAGUUGGCUAUCCUGGAGCCCAGUUACCAAGUUGGCUUGUCACGAAGUCUCACACCAAUAACUUGACGAAGCUAGCUAUCGAGCAACCCCACAAUAUCUCAUCCCUGCUUGCCUUGUGGAAGCUAUCAUUCCUAGAAGAACUUAUGCUGGUAGGAGCACAAAAGCUAGAAUGUUUGGAUAAGGAAUUCUUUGGAGUUACAAAAGCACUACAUGAGAAUAGUCGUGAUGCUCUUGAUACAUUGUCAAACUCUGAGUCAUCAUUCUCAGCUGAAGCAGUGGCAUUUCCAAAUUUGAGAAAAUUACAUUUUUAUUCCUUUCACAAUUGGACAAAUUGGGAAGACUUGAGUGAAGAUGAUAAAGAAGUUGCAGUCUCUAUCAUGUCACGCCUAGAGGAGCUAGAAAUUUGGAACUGUGAUAAGCUUGAAACUCUACCACAUCGCAUCAUUAAAAAGAUAUCAUCCCUCAAAAAUUUGGAUAUUCAGCGUUGCUUCAAGUUGAGCGAUCGUUACUCUGACAAAAUAAGAGAUGAUUGA